AUAACACGUACAACCAUAGUGGUGAAAUUGUCCUACAGACCUUCUGCUUCCUUUAACCUCCUUCUGCCUCCUACCUCUUACCAUCCAGAAGCUUCACCCUUGAAGUUUUCCCCAAGUCAUUCCUGACGCCGCGGCUCUUUCCGGCACAGAGGCCAGACAACCAUGGCAGACGAGUUUGGCAUGCAGGUGAAGAAAAUGGCCAUGGCCAUGGGAGCCUCCCUGAGUGACCAGGAUAUCGACCGCAUCCCCAGAGAGAUGAGAAUGCAAGGGAACUUCAACUACAACAAGUUCUUCGAGUACAUGCAGCAGUUCAAGACCUCCGAGCAGCAGGAGGACGUCAUCAAGAAGGCCUUCCAGACGUUGGACAAGGACGGCAGCGGCUACAUCGAGUGGAAUGAGAUUAAGUACAUCCUGUCCACCGUGCCGAGCAGCACGCCUGUGGUGCCGCUCUCAGACGAGGAGGCGGAGGCCAUGAUUCAGGCUGCCGACGUCGACGGGGACGGCAGGAUUGACUUUAGGGAAUUCUCCGACCUGAUCAAGCUGGAGAAGAAACCCAGGAAGUAG